UUACGUAAUAAAAAAAAUUAAUAUGAAUACUAUACUAUUAUAAUAAAAAUACUAUACAAUUAAAUAAAAAUAUAAGUUCUAAUGCCCACUAAUGUAAUACUUAUAUUAUAAAUUAUUAUUAAUUAAUAACGAAUAACCAAUAAAACUAUGGUUUAAGAUAGAUCUUAAAUAGAAAAAUUAUUUGUAGAUAAGUGCUAUUGCUUUUGAUAUUUUGUUCUAUCUUGAAAAAUGAGUAAGAGAAAAGCCCCUAGCGACGAUAGUGAUCCGAAUCAUGACUUUUGUGAGUUUUUAACAGAAUUGGCAGACUAUGAAAAAAAUGUAGUGCGUAACAUACAUAAAUAUAAUGCUUAUAGGAAAGCUGCGAGCACAUUAGCAAAACUUACUUACCGUAUCAAAUCGGGUCAAGAAGCACGCAAACUUGAUGGAAUUGGUGAUAAAAUUUCAAAAAAAAUAGACGAGUUCUUAGAAACUGGCAAAUUAAGGAAACUAGAAAAUAUUAGAAGUGAUGAUUCUUCAACAGCCAUAAAAGAGCUAACUAGAGUUAGUGGUAUUGGUCCAGCUAAAGCAAAAGAAUUAUAUGAUUUGGGUAUUACAAACAUUAAUCAUUUGUCUAAUAAUGUAGACAAACUCAAUCACCACCAAAAGUUGGGAUUAAAAUAUUUAGAUGACUUUGAAACAAAAAUUCCAAGGAGUGAAAUAAAAAAUGUAGAGGAAAUCAUUAACAGUACUUUGUCUAGUAUAGAUUCAGAAUUUAAGGUUACAAUUUGUGGGAGCUAUAGACGUGGAAAGGAUUUCAGUGGAGAUAUUGAUGUUUUAAUUACUCAUCCAGCAUUUACCUCAAAUGAAUCAAAAAAGUUAAAAAACAACAAAUUACAUAUGGUUGUAGAUGUUUUGAAAAAAAAUAAUUUAAUUACUGAAACAAUUUCUUUGGGCGAAACAAAAUUUAUGGGAGUUUGUAAAGUAGGAACUUUAUCAAGGCGUUUGGAUAUUCGCUUGAAUCCAUAUGACCAGUUUUAUUGUUCAGUUCUCUAUUUUACGGGAAGUGAUAUAUUUAAUAAAGAAAUGAGAGAUCAUGCCUUAAGCAAAGGUUUUACACUCAAUGAGUACACGUUAAGACCUAUUGGUUCAACUGGAGUACCAGGUGAGCCUGUUGAAGUUCAGAGUGAAGAAGAUAUAUUUGAGUAUUUGGAUUAUCCAUAUAAAAAACCUGAAGAUCGAAAUAUGUAAAACAUGGAAAUCAUUAUUAAAUUAUAAAUAUGUUUUAACAUAAGUUGUUAAAACAUAAAUAUAAGUUAUUUAUUGUGUUUACAUAAAAACCUAUUUAGUAUUACUAAUUAAAAAUUACUUUUAUAUUAGCACUUA